AUGGCCACCCCUGUGGUCACCAAGACGGCCUGGAAGUUGCAGGAGAUCGUGGCCCACGCCAGCAAUGUGUCCUCACUGGUGCUGGGCAAAGCCUCGGGCCGGCUGCUGGCCACGGGCGGGGAUGACUGCCGCGUCAACCUGUGGUCCAUCAACAAGCCCAACUGCAUCAUGAGCCUGACUGGUCACACAUCCCCUGUGGAGAGCGUCCGACUCAACACCCCCGAGGAGCUCAUCGUGGCCGGCUCCCAGUCGGGCUCCAUCCGCGUCUGGGACCUGGAAGCUGCCAAAAUCCUUCGCACACUUAUGGGACACAAAGCCAACAUCUGCAGCCUGGAUUUCCACCCAUAUGGCGAGUUUGUAGCCUCGGGUUCCCAGGACACAAACAUCAAGCUCUGGGACAUCAGGAGGAAAGGCUGUGUCUUCCGAUACAGGGGGCACAGCCAGGCCGUGCGGUGUCUCCGGUUCAGCCCUGACGGGAAGUGGUUGGCAUCCGCCGCAGAUGACCACAUGGUGAAGCUCUGGGAUCUGACUGCUGGCAAGAUGAUGUCUGAGUUCCCUGGCCACACGGGGCCUGUCAACGUGGUGGAGUUCCACCCCAACGAGUACCUCCUGGCUUCCGGCAGCUCUGACAGGACCAUCCGUUUCUGGGAUCUGGAGAAAUUCCAGGUGGUGAGCUGUAUCGAAGGGGAGCCGGGGCCUGUCAGGAGCAUCCUCUUCAAUCCCGAUGGCUGCUGCCUGUACAGUGGCUGCCAGGACUCGCUGCGUGUCUACGGCUGGGAGCCAGAGCGCUGUUUUGAUGUGGUCCUCGUCCACUGGGGCAAGGUGGCCGACCUGGCCAUCUGCAACGACCAGCUGAUAGGCGUGGCCUUCUCUCAGAGCAACGUCUCCUCUUACGUGGUGGACCUGACGCGGGUCACUAGGACAGGCACAGUGGCCCGGGACCCGGUGCAGGACAGCCGGCCUCUGGCGCAGCAGCCGCCCCACCCCAGCGCCCCCCUUCGCCGCAUCUACGAGCGGCCCAGCACCGCCUGCAGCAAGCCUCAGAGGGUGAAGCAGAACUCGGAGAGCGAGCGCCGCAGCCCCAGCAGCGAGGACGACCGGGACGAGCGGGAGUCUCGGGCCGAGAUCCAGAACGCGGAGGACUACAAUGAGAUCUUCCAGCCCAAGAACAGCAUCAGUCGGACGCCACCCCGAAGAAGUGAACCCUUCCCUGCACCCCCAGAAGAUGACAUGGCCACAGCCAAGGAGGCAGCAAAGCCCAGCCCAGCCACAGACGCACAGUUCUUGGUGCCAAACCUUGAGGUCCUGUCCCGGCCCCCGGUCAUCACUUCCACCCCUGCACCCAAGGCCGAGCCUGCCAUCUUUCCUGCCACCCGCAAUGAGCCCAUCGGACUGAAGGCCUCCAACUUCCUGCCCGCCGUGAAGAUCCCCCAGCAGGCAGAGCUGGUCGACGAGGAUGCCAUGUCCCAGAUCCGCAAAGGCCAUGACACCAUGUGCGUCGUGCUCACCAGCCGCCACAAGAACCUGGACACUGUGCGGGGCGUAUGGACCACAGGUGAUAUCAAGACGUCGGUGGACUCGGCCGUGGCCAUCAAUGACCUGUCUGUGGUCGUAGACCUCCUUAACAUUGUCAACCAGAAGGCCUCCCUGUGGAAGCUGGAUCUGUGUACCACGGUUCUGCCGCAGAUCGAGAAGCUUCUGCAGAGCAAGUAUGAGAGCUAUGUCCAGACAGGCUGCACCUCUCUGAAGCUGAUCCUGCAGCGGUUUCUGCCCCUCAUCACAGACAUCCUGGCGGCCCCGCCUUCAGUGGGUGUGGACAUCAGCCGGGAGGAGAGGCUGCACAAGUGCCGGCUCUGCUACAAGCAGCUCAAGAGCAUCAGCAGCCUCGUCAAGAGCAAGUCGGGCUUGAGCGGCCGCCACGGCAGUGCCUUCCGCGAGCUGCACCUGCUUAUGGCCAGCUUGGACUGA